AUGAAAGAUCAAGUUGGGGAGUCAACUCAAGAGAAGAACUUAGCAUGUGAGAAAGAUGAAGCUAAGACUCCAACCUUGGGAUCUAAGGUAGAUUCUAAAAGUCCUAUUCCUACUUAUGUUCCCUCCCCUCCAUUUCCUGGCAGGUUUGUAAAGUCCAAAAGGGACAAACAUGAGAAGGAGAUUUUGGAGACUUUUCGCAAGGUUCAAGUGAACAUACCACUUUUGGAUGUCAUUUAUCAAGUGCCACGUUAUGCAAAGUUCCUCAAGGAAUUGUGCACUAACAAGCAAAGAUUAAAAGGUGAUAAAGUGGUAAGCGUAGGAGAAAAUGUCUCGGUGGUCUUGCAAAAGAAACUUCCACCAAAAUGUAAGAAUCCAGGAAGUUUUACCAUCCCUUGCAUUAUUGGUAAUACUAGGUUUGAAAAAGCAAUGCUAGAUUUAGGAGCAUCUAUUAAUGUCAUGCCAUAUUCUAUUUAUGCUUCUUUAAAUUUGGGAUCACAUAAGGAAAUCGAUGUUAUUAUUCAACUUGCUGAUAGAUCUAAUGCAUUUCCAAAAGGUGUGUUAGAGAAUGUUUUGGUGCAGGUAAAUCAAUUGAUUUUUCCAGUAGAUUUCUAUGUUCUUGACAUGCAAGAUGAAUCAACAUCUUUGACGCCACCAUUGCUCUUAGGAAGACCAUUUAUGAGGACUGCGCGUACAAAGAUAGAUGUCCAUGACGGUACUUUGACAAUGAAGUUUGAUGGUGAGAUUAUUCACUUCAAUAUCUUUGAAACAAUAAGGUAUCCUAGUGAUGUUCAUGUUUGUUUUUCAAUAGAUAUAAUGGAUUCAUUUGUGCAAAAAAAUUUCAAUUUAUCAAAUGAAGAUGCAUUGGACACCACUUUGAUUAAAAGCAUUGAUGUUGAUAAUCUUACUGGGUUGAGCAAGAAUCUACAACUGUGUGAGGAUAUUGUUAAAACCAUGGCAUCACUUGAGCCACUACCGAGUAUUCCACCAAGGUAUAAUAACUCCUAUAUUACUCUUCCGAUAUCUAAAGAGAAACUUUUACAUUCGGUGAUGCAGGCCCCCACCUUGGAACUCAAACCUUUUCCCGAACAUUUGAAGUAUGUUUGGGAGAGGGGAAAACAAUACCGGUGA